AUGAGGCGGUCAUUAUUUGUUAGUAUCUUACAUGAUAUUCAACAAGUGAAUGAGUACUUGAUCCAAACUUGUGAUGCCACUGGUGCUCUUGGAUUAUCCAGUGUACAAAAGAUGAUUGUAGCACUUUGGAUUCUACAGUACGGCGUGCCUGCUGAUUCUGUAGACAAGUACAUUAGAAUCGGCGAAAGUACAGCAAUUGCCGCCUUGAAUUUUUUUACCAGAUCAAUUGUUGCUACCUAUGAUGCCGUUUACUUAAGAUCCCCAAAUGAAGUAGAUGUCGCCAGAUUAUUGCAAGAGGGAGAGCAACGCAGGUCGUCUUUAUUUGCUGAAUUAACUAGAGGACGUGCCCCUACAGCCAACUACACCAUCAAUAAUCAUGCGUACACCAUGGGGUAUUAUCUUGCAGAUGGUAUCUGUCCUCGUUGGGCAACGAUUGUGAAAACAAUAUCUCAACCUCAAGACGCAAAGAGACAAGUAUUUGCGAGGAUGCAUGAGGCAUGUCGGAAGGAUGUCGAAAGGGCAUUUAGAGUGCUCCAAGCACGAUUUAAUAUUAUCAGAGUUCUAGUUAAAGGUUGGAGUGAUGAGGAUCUGUAUUACAUCGUGAAGACGUGCAUUAUUUUGCACAAUAUGAUCAUUGAAGACGAGCGUGAUAUUCUAGAAAAUGAACGCAGUGCAGCAUAA